GGACGCCGGUGUCCGGGGCUGUGAGGGAGAGGCGGGCGCUGCGGCCUGCCCGGCAUGGGCCAGCCCCGGCCUGGCGGGGCAGAGCCGGAGGGGAGAGCGGCGCGGGGCCAGGCCUGCGGGGCGGGCGGCCCGCCCGGGGGCUGAGGUAGAAGUGGGCGCGGAGGAAGGGGCCGAGCCAAGACGGUGGGUGGAGCGGCGAGGGGGGCGGAGGCUGGGCCGCAGCGGGCGAGCGGAGCGGCGCGCCUGUCCGGAGCUCGGCGGCGGCGGCAGCGGCGCCUGAGGAGGCGGAGGCGGCGGCGGGCCCUGACGAGCGCCCGGAGGUGGCGGACGAGGCGCCGGGGGCCCCCAUGGGCGGGUGUGUGGGCGCCCAGCACGACUCCUCGGGCAGCCUCAACGAGAACUCGGAGGGCACCGGAGACCACCUGAAUGGUUUAUCUUCAUUGGGUGGACCACUGCACCUGAUUCUCCCGUCCCCUCACCAUCCUUACCCAGCUUUCUGCUUCUACUUAUCGGGCAUUGCUUUAGGUCGCAACCAGCCUUUGAAAAAGGAGAAACCCAAAUGGAAAAGCGAUUAUCCCAUGACAGAUGGACAGCUGCGCAGCAAAAGGGAUGAAUUUUGGGAUACUGCACCAGCUUUUGAAGGCCGUAAAGAGAUUUGGGAUGCCUUGAAGGCUGCAGCACAUGCUUUUGAGAGCAAUGAUCAUGAACUGGCACAAGCAAUCAUUGACGGUGCAAACAUAACGUUACCACAUGGUUCACUUACAGAGUGCUACGAUGAACUGGGAAACAGAUACCAGCUUCCAGUCUAUUGCCUGGCACCACCUAUCAACAUGAUAGAGGAAAAGAGCGACAUAGAGACUCUAGAUAUUCCUGAGCCACCUCCUAAUUCUGGAUAUGAAUGUCAGCUCCGUUUGCGCCUUUCCACUGGCAAAGACCUCAAACUUGUAGUCCGCAGCACAGACACAGUGUACCACAUGAAGAGGCGGCUCCACGCAGCAGAGGGAGUGGAACCGAGCAGUCAGCGGUGGUUCUUUUCUGGCAGACCUCUCACCGACAAAAUGAAGUUAGAAGAGCUGAAGAUCCCAAAGGACUAUGUUGUGCAGGUUAUAAUGAGCCAACCUUUGCAAAACCCAACACCAGUUGAGAACUGAUCUGGUGCUAUUGGCUGGUCCCCAGAUCCCUCCCGCUCCUUUGUAUUGUUGUUUCCUACUCUAUGGCGUGAAAUUUAUUUUCACUGCUCUGAAUUCCGUAUAAUGGAUUUAGUUCUGAGGAAUUACCAGUGAAAAAUUCCAUCUGUGAUGGAGACCAACAAAAAUAAUUAAUAAAACACAAAGAGCUAGCA